ACUGUAGCGUUUCCUUUUUCUGUUACUGUGUUUCCGUCACCUGUUGUCAGCUAGGCUAUAUAAGCCAGCGCCCCGGGUUGUAAGGGUAUGCAUUAUUUGUGUCAUGAACUACUCCUAUACUUUACACCUAAUACAGGGCAUAUUCGAGUUUGAUACCACCAACACGCGUCCCAGCGACGAACCCUAGUUCCUCAAUCCUCAAUUUUCCUCUCGAUCUCGACAUGGGGCAUGACACUUUCUGCCAAUUCUACGCCAUCAGCCAACACAUGCAGCUGCCUUAAUCAGCAGCGAUUUCCCAGGCCCAGCCACCGCAUGCACAGCACGACUGUGCAUGGCGGGCAGAUUUUAUUUGGAUGUAGUAGUACGUUUGACUUAAGAAAAAUGUUACUCCUACAUGCGGACUAAAAAGAAGGGAAUUGCUACUUUUCAUACGGAUGAAAUUUAUUGGCUUUCAGUCGUUUUUUGAGACGUGCGAUCUCUGUCGCGAGAUUCGUGCUUUUUUUUCGCCGUUUGCUGGCGCUGAGUUUCUUAUCGGGCCCGCUUGUGAGUAUUUUGCAGACCCGUUAGUACCCGCUCGCUGCCGCGCGUCGGUGUUUUUUUCUCUUUCAUUCCUCUGUCUCUUCCCCGCGCCGCUCGAUCCCCUUUUCAUUUCGAACACGUAACCCAGAAGGCAACUGAGACUCUGAGAGAGAUAUCCAUGGCGAUUUGGAGCCCCCCCUCGCCGCUCGUUGGUUGGUGGUGACUCGUCGGCGCUCUCCCACCUGCUGCCCCGCUCCCUCCGCCUCGUCGUUGUUUCUCCAGCCCAAGGCCUGCAGCAUCUCUCCGCCCCGCAUCCACCUUGGCACCAUUAUUUCGCCGCUCGUCGGUUUUGUUCGAUUCGAGUCGCCUGAAGCCGAUGACCGAGGAGAUGACAGUCAAUUUGAUGGUUUACAGAGAGGUGUAGCCUUGAGUGUGGUGUGGUAGGCUGACUGCUGUACCCACGCGACAGGGUGUGUGUGCUCUGUAUUUUUUAGCAUGUCAUGCCGUGUGUGAGAGGGUGUUCUGGAUAGUUUUGCCUGAUAAUGUUAGUUAGUUAUUUUUUUGUAGUUUUUGUGUAAUUUAUUUGUUAGGCACUUUAGUUAUUCAGUUGUAAUAUAAUUCUAAACAAACAUAUGGUAAAUGUUACAGCUAUAUAGCUGUUAGAAAUUUAUGCAUAUGCAUAAAGUUCUUUGCGCUUUUACGGCAGUAGUUUUGUAUUUUUAUGAUUUAGUUCAUGUAUUUUUUGUAUUUGUCUGGCUGAUCUUUGUACGGAUCUGCCUUUGGUGUAUGUAAAUAUUCUUUUUUUGUAUUGUUUUACCUUUCUGCCAUUUCUUCUUAGCAUUUGUUCCUUUCUAUGUGUUUUUAUAUAUUUUGGAAAUAGAUUAAAGUAUGGGUAGAAUCAUGAAGGGUCUUGGUAAGGGCUUUUCUUCUGCUUGCUUUGAAGAGUCUGAUGAUUUGGAUGGGGAUCCUUUUGUCCCCAAUGAUUUCGCCGAGGACGAUUCUUUCCAAGCUUCAGAGGAAGGUUCAAUGGAUGAUCCUGAUUUUGACAAAGCUUUGUAUGAUUUCUAUGUGUCGCAUAAAGCGAAUUGCCUGAAACGGAAGAUAACAGAUGUUGGAGCUCGCAAUGUGAAGCGCACGAGGUCUUCUGAUUUUCCGGUAGCAAAUACAUUCGCUAGAUACUCUAGCAAGUUGUUCUCCACUGUUAUUGUCGGCUUGUCUCCUCGGCAAGUACGUGUUCUUCAGAGAUAUGGGGAAGAUUGCCUUCUCAAAUUUGUGAGGACAGAGGUGCCACUUAGGUUUGUCAAAUGGCUAGCAUCCAAAUUUGAUGUUCGUGCUUCAGUGAUUCAGAUUAGGAAAACGUUUAUUCCGAUUUGCGAAUAUGUCACCCAUGAUAUAUUAGGUCUUCCUGUUGACGGUGAGCCUAUUGUGUCCGAUGCUGAUGCUGGUUGUGAGUUUAUCUUGUCUCAUUUCAAUGUGACUAGCAUCCCACCAGUUUCAUUCUUCUGCAAUAAACUAAAAUCUACCUCUGAAGAAUUGCCCGAUGAAGACAUUUUCAUCUGCUUCAUGUGCAUUGCCUUGUCCACCUUCUUGUGUCCAAAUCCAAUAUUAGUACUCUGUAAUUCUGGAGUUUUUACUGUAAUCCAUGAUGGUUUUCAGUGUAACUAUUAGUUGAUUUUGCUCUGUAAUGCCUAGUGGAAUUACAGUGUACUUUAGUAGGCUUUACAUAGUAAAUCUUAGUGGAUUUACAGUGUAAUUUUACACAGAAUCCUAGUGGAUUUUUAGUGUACUUUUAGCUUAUUUUACAUGUUUUUUCUUAGUGGUAUUGCAGACAUUUUGUUUAGUGGUUUUUGCUGUGUAAUUCUUAGUCGAAUUUUAGUAUUUUUCUCAGUGGAUUUUUUAAUGUUAUUUAAGUGGUAUUUUUACAGUGUAUUUUCCAA